GCUUCUUAACUGGGUUGUUCCACAACCGAACCAGCGGCGCCUUUUCUCUUUAUUUACCUUUUUUAAGCGGAGAGAACAAAUGGAAGCCCACAGGCGUGUUGGCCCAAACCAAAAGUUUAAACAUCCAUCCUGAGGAGAAAUAUUUGAGAGCCGAACCCCGCCAAAAGCAUUUUCCUCCCUUCCUUGGCUAAGAAUAUGCGAAACCUGAGGCAGCCUCCAUUGCCCCCCCUCCAAGAGCCAUUGCAAGGGAGAAAGAAAUAAGGAAAAUCAGAAUUUAUGGCUUUCAGGCACCAGCAUGGAGUAGGCAGAGCCCCCCUAGAAAGACUUGCUUCCUUCUUUUCAUUAUUAGUAGAGGAGGCGGUGGAGAACCGGCUGCUGUUCUUAUUAGACCAUGACAUUAUUUGUGUGUCUGCGUCUUCCAAGCACACUGUUGCACCAACGGCUCCUUCAAUAUUUUAUUAGCUGAUAGACAAAUGAGCUAGAAACCGUCGCUACAUCUUCGGCCAGUUUCUUCCCUACAUUAAUAAAUGGGAAUUUAUUCCCUUUGACGACAGGGCGACGAAAGAAAGGAUGGAUGGAUGAAUGAAUGAAUGGAAGAAUGCCAAGCCUUCGUUGGAACCACGGAAAGCUCUCGUUUCCGCCCAUUAUUGGAGUAAUCCGACGCGUGCAUGUCGAUUUUGCAGGAAGGAGGAAGUGGAUGCGCUCCAGGAUCUUCGCUUUUGCAAGCUUUGCCCGCCAGCUGGAGCAAGAAAAGCAACCCCCCCAACCCACGGCUGGCAUUCCCCUGACUGUGGGCAGGGAGCAGGAAGCAUGGCUUCGGAUUUCCCCCCUACCAUUUCGAUCCAGCUCGUGGAAGAACCGAGAUUGCUGAAGCUGAAGAAGACGUUCAUGACUAAAUUUAAAUCCACUCCCAAGUUUUAUGCUCGAGCACCUGGACGAGUCAACUUAAUAGGUGAACAUAUCGAUUACUGUGGCUAUGCUGUUCUCCCGAUGGCUAUAGAGCAAGAUAUACUUAUAGCAGCUGAACCUCUAAGCACUCCAGAUAUCCAUCUGGCUAAUACCAACCCUUUGUACUCGGAUUUCCAUACAAAUGCUGACAACAUUCAGAUUAACCAAGCAAAACCUUUGUGGCAUAACUACUUCCUUUGUGGAUUCAAAGGAAUUGAGGAGCAUUUUGACCUCCAGAGCCCACGUGGCGUGAACUGUCUUGUCGAAGGCACCAUCCCUCCGAGCUCUGGCCUGUCCAGUUCCAGCGCCUUGGUCUGCUGCGCAGGUCUGGCGACCCUGGUGGCGAACGGAAAGACCCUGCCAAAAGUGGAAUUAGCUGAACUUUGCAGCAGGAGUGAACGCUACAUAGGCACCGAAGGAGGAGGCAUGGACCAGUCAAUCUGCUUCCUUGCAGAGAAAGGAACUGCCAAGCUAAUCAAAUUCAAUCCUCUGCGGGCAACCGACGUGAGGCUUCCAAAGGGCGCGGCUUUUGUUAUUGCGAACAGUUGUGUGGAGAUGAACAAGGCAGCGACGUCUCACUUCAAUAUCAGGGUGAUGGAGUGUCGUCUGGCCACAAAGCUUUUGGCAAAAUCCCGGGGUCUCGACUGGAAAGAGGCAGAAAAGCUGCAGGAGGUGCAGCUCCGUUUGAAGCUGAGCUUGGCGGAGAUGCUGGAGGUGCUCGAGGAGGUGCUUCACCCGGAGCCUUAUAGCCUAGAAGAAAUUGGGCAAAAGCUGGGAAUGAGUCCCAAGCAGCUUCGCACCGAGGUCCUCAGCCAGAACACUCAAGACGUGGCCACUUUCAAAUUGUACCAGCGUGCUAAGCACGUGUACAGCGAAGCCGCCAGAGUGCUGGAGUUCAAGAAGAUCUGUACGGAGGCCCCUGAAGAUGCCCUCCGGCGGCUGGGAGACUUGAUGAACCAGAGUCAUGCCAGCUGCAGGGACUUGUAUGAAUGCAGCUGUCCCGAACUGGAUCAGCUGGUGGACACCUGUCUGCAGUUCGGAGCAGUUGGAUCCCGCCUGACCGGCGCCGGCUGGGGUGGUUGCGCCGUGUCGAUGGUUCCAGUGGACAAACUGGAGGGGUUCCUGGCAGGUGUGAAAGAGGCUUAUUAUAAACACUGUGGCCAGAGAUUAGCUCAGGAGGAAAGCAGCCUGUUUGCAACCCAUCCUGGCGGAGGAGCUGCGGUUUUUCUGGAGGCUUAAAGGUGCCAAAGUAUAACAGAAACAAUUUGGGGCAUUGUGGAGCUGGCAGGGUAUCUUAACGCUGCAGUAAACAAGUCCCUUCACUGUUUUUUAUUAUAAUGAGCAAUAGCCAUUAUUAGAUAGCAUUUCUUAAAAAAAAAUCAAGAGUGCUAUUAAAACUGUCAAAUUUAUUUUCCUUCAAAAAUAGGCUUCUAACAAAUACCAACCGAAAUCUUGAUUCCUGUCUGGAUCCUACAAUAUAAAACCUGAUUUGCAAAAAUGUAUUCAUUAAAAAAAAAAGAUUAAAGUGAACGAGACUAGAUUAAAAAACAA